AUGAACUUCAAUAUUGACCGCUGGUUAAACAAGGGCUUGCUGCCGAAAGAAGUUUCCGCGAAGCUAAAGAUCAACGGCGCGGGAGAAUUGCACAAAAACUACAAGUACUUGCAGCAAUACGCGACCAAGUGGGAUGAAGCGGGCAAUCCUGUUCAUGUGUCCCCGGCAUAUCACCAGAAGAGGCUUGAGGAUCUCGACGAGUGGUUUCGUCUUGGCUUUACGACAGAGGGUGUUCUUAGACAGCUCAAAUUGUUUGGGGUGCACGGCAAGAAGCUCAAGGAUCACAAAAACUACCCAUACUACAUCAAGUAUCUGGACAUGUUGAGGGCUAAAAACCGUGCUGGGAAUGCUGCAGUACUAUGA